AAUUGAUAAUGCUGCCAAUUUAAUGCCCUGUCUCAAAUACCAAGGGUAACUGAUUUCGCCGAUGGCCAGACCCUGAUUAAACAAAAACAAACUACAAACGACGGACGAUCAGUUCGCCACGUACUCUCCGCUCGUCUCUUAUAUAUUAACGAAAAAUCAUAUUUAGAAUAGAGCCCAGCUGGAUUAUUGGCAAACGUUAUGAUCUGAAUGCGAUCUUUCGACUCUACACUGCGCCGAACUGUUCGCGUGUAAUGCAUAAGUGAGGGAAUAAUUCAAAUUUCCCGCGAGAUUACGCAACAAACGCGGGUGCGCGAACGCUAUGGGUUUGCUCCUCUCAGUGUUAGUGGUUUGUGUGGGUGUUGUCGAACUGUUGGCUGUUUAUAAUAACAUUAGAAGGAAUCUCACGUAUCCGCCUGCACGAGUUGACCUCAAUUCAGUCAAAAACAGGUACCACCAUGAGAGAAACAAGGUAUGUCACCUUGAAGACCUACAUGGAGAAGCCUCCAACAUACCUACCUUCAGAUUAAACAGCCAUGAGGAUGUUGAGAUAGAGUACCAUGAGAACCUAGCAAGAUCUAGGUCACCAAGCCCAAGGACUUUCCUCGUGACCGAGAAAGAGAUAGAGUGUUCUAGUGAUAAAGCAAAUCCAAGAAGAUUCGUGGUUACCGAGGAACCAUCGGCGAGUCUCAGGAAGACGAAAUCUCAAGAUUCCAUACCAGAGUUUCUCAUCCGCGAAGAGAAGAAUUCAAGUAAGUCGCCUGAUAAGCCUCGCUACUUGCUGCAAGAAUCCGCUGGUAGAUCAGAAUCACCCAUUCCUCUUCCCAGACAGUUUAUAGUGACUGAGGAUGAACUGAAUACCGUCGUCUUUGACACGAUCCCAAAACGCAUCCAUAGCAAGGCUCAACCUAAACAUGAAGUACAUAAACGACCUUUGUCUCCAUAUCCGUCAUUCGAUCUGCCUCAAGUACCCUUGGUACCUAGAAAUAGCAUUUGCAACGAUUUAGAGGAGACUGUAGAGGAGUUGCUAUAUGAGAACUCUAGAUCUUCGAGUCCCGAAAGAGUGGAUGUGAUUUUGGAACGAACUGCUAAUGGUACCACCCAAUAUACAACUAAUAAAGUGUUAGUUUCUCCGAGUAAUGAUACUGUGCCAUUGGAAGCAUAUCCUCGAAAGAUAGUAUCAUUUUCAAGUGAAGGAAGGGUUGAGGAUGAAGACGAAUUUAUACCUGAUUCAGAAUACUUGAAUAAUUUAGAUGGUGUUAGUAAAGCAAAGCCAAUUAGAAGAGGUAGUUCGUCAAGAAAGACAGUUAAAGGGAAACAUGAUAAACCAACUUCAUCCAAGUCCCAAGACGUCCCUGAUAGUGACAACACUACGAAAGUAUUGUCCAGCGCUGCCGAGGAACUAAGACGAGUAUCCGGAGACGCAACUAGUGGACGCAAAGUGCCUGAACCAUUCUGGCUUAGACAGCGCCCGAGGGCGGUCCGGAAGGGGAAUCCCUGGACGCUUUUUGUGUCAGGGGAAUCUUGCGAAAUGUGAGACAGUGAUCAAAAAACUGUUUGAUUGUACACCCACUACAAUGGCUAGCAUCACCCCGGUACAACGACCCGCAUUACCUUGUACAAGCACAUUAUUUUAUUACUUACGGAACCAAAAAUUAUAAUUCGUUUUUAAUAUGAUGCCAAGUAGAAAAGUGUCUCUAAUCAUUAUAUUUGUUACCAGAUUAUCUCAGA